UGCUCCUCCUCCUUCCAAUUGUCAUGUUUUGUUUACUCGCCACUCCUAUCUGGAGAAAGCUUCAUUUAAAUGUAAUCUACAAUACCAAUACAUAGCGAAAGCAGUUACACUUUAUAAUAUAAGGCGAAAAGUUCAUGCUGCAGAGGCUUGUAGUUCAGGCUUUUUUUUUUUAGCUGUAGUUUCCCUCAUUAAGCAAGAGGAGUACAGUCAGACAUUGAGUUAGCAAAAAAUUACGCAAUCGAGAGUUCCUCACUCCACCUCCACAAACUAAAGAAAUCUAGAAAUCAUUAUCAAUUGCGAGAGAUUCUGGCAAGAGGCACACAGCAAGUUCUAGCCAUGGCCAGCGACCCAGCUGUUAAAGAAAUAGAGAGAUUUAUUGAAGAAGCUACUAGGAAAAAGUCUGAAGAGCUGCUGAUUACCUACCAAGGGGUGUUUUACCCUUCAUUGUGUAGUGCAGAAACCUUCCAAGCACUGGACAUGAUGGAAGUUAGAAAAGAUGAUGUGUUUCUUGUUGCUUAUCCAAAAUCCGGAACUAAUUGGGUUAAAAAGAUAUUAAAUGACUUGACAGCUUCACUUCAAAAAGAGGCACCCACACUGGAGCAACACAUGAUGCUUGAAUUUGGAAAGCCAGAAAAAUUUCAGAAAAUAAAAGAUUCAUCUUCUCCACGAGUUUUUUACACACAUCUCCAUUAUGAUAAUAUUCCAAAGUCUGUCUUUGAAAAAAAGGCUAAGGUAGUGGUUGUAUUUCGAAAUCCAAAAGAUACAGCUGUAUCCUAUUACCACUUCUAUAACAACAAUCCUGUGCUUCCAACUAUGAGCUCCUGGGAUGAGUUCUUUCAAAAGUUCAUAAGUGGAGAAGUCUGCUGGAGCUCAUAUUUUGACCAUGCGCUUGCUUGGAACAGACACAUUGAUGAUGAGAAUAUUUUGAUAAUCACAUAUGAAGAACUGAAAGAGAACCUGUAUGAAGGAGUGAAAAAAAUAGCUGCAUUUUUGGGUUUGACUCUGCCUGAGGAAAAGAUGCAAUCUAUUGCAGAAAAUGCCACUUUCCAGUCAAUGAGCAGUAAAUCUGCAGAAACACAUGGCAAGUUUGGUCCUAUUAUUUUCAGAAAAGGUGUUGUUCAAGAUUGGAAGACCCUCUUUACUGAAGCUCAGAGCCAGGAAAUGGAUGCAAAAUUUGAAGAGUGCUUAGCAGGAACUAAACUGGGAGCAGUGUUAAAAUAUGAUGUAUACUGCAAAUUCUAAAUCUUGUAACAUCAGAAUUAUGUUACCAUGUGUUCAACAACAGUACCUACUUUACUAUUAAAUAUGAUUGUCCUAAAUAAAUAUGCCAUGAAUCCUAGAUCAAAGUAAUCUAGACUUCCACAUAUUCAUUAGCAAAAUAAAAAGUCUGAAAGCACUGUAAAGUCACUAAGACCAACUUUUCCUCAUUGAUACGUAUGCAAAAGAACUUAAGAACAUAUGGCUAGGAUACUAAAGUACUCACAGCUAUUUCAAAUUACUAAUAUUUUCUUGAUCUGCCAUUAAUCCAUAUUAAUCCCUGUUCCACAUCCAAACAUUUUGAAAGUUCAAGCUCCUUAAAAUUUUCCUGGUAUUUUGCUUUGGACCCAUCUUCAGUAAUUGACUUGGUUUUCUAUACAACUUGUGCUGUCUGAUACCUUGUAUGAGGUUCUUGUGCUAUUCAGGAGUUUAGUGAUCAAUUUUUUAUUGUUGCAGAAGUCUAUCAGGAGGGUGCAUUGGCAUUCUAUGUAAGAUCCAGUGACGUUUAAUCUAUUAGUGAUUUAGAAAAAGGGGAUGACUGAUAAAGCAGCAAAAGUUGAUACUGAAAAAAGGCAUUUAGUAAAGACCAAGAAGAAUGUCAGAGAGCUAAACAGAGUGAAAAGACAAAUACAGUUAAUUGAUGAUAAAUCCAAAAUAAUGCAUAUUGUCAGGAAAGUUUAACUGCUUAUAUCAUAUCAGGUUCUAAAUGAAACGUAUCAGUGUAGAAAUAGGACCUUGACAACACUGCAGACAGCUCUAUGCACACCUCGGCCAAAUGUACAGCUGUGAUCUCAAAAGGCAAGCAAAGUAGUAUGGAGCAGAAGGAACGGUAUGGAGGACAAUAUUAAUAAUUAAAUACUAUGAAUCAAUGGGCUAGCUUUGUUUGAGAUAAUGUAUAUGAUCCUCUUCCCACCAUUUAAAAACAAUAAUGAAUUAAAAGAGCUUCAGAGAAGGGUGAUUAAAGACUUGGGAGAAAAUCAAUUGAAGAGAUAUUGACAAGGAGGUGCAACUAAAGUAUAAAACAAGAUAUGUCCUCAAGAAGUCAGAAAUUCCAGGUUUUUUGUUUGGGUUUUGUUUAUUGUCUUAGUAUAUUGAGAGGGAUGAGAUAUUAGUAUAUCAAAUAAAAUUAAAAGAUGACAUAUUUAAUGCUGAUAAAAGGAAAUCGUUUUUAAACAACAUAUAAUUAUGGUUGUGUAUAAUUAAUUCAGAUCAAGGAAGCCGUGGAGAUAAGAUAAACGCAUUUUGAAAGACCAAAAAAAAAAAUUGAAAGUGAUAUUAAGUCUUCUGCUUUGUACUUCAGGACUUAUGCCAAUUCCUACUAACAAAGAUAACUGUUGUGGGAACAGGGGAAAUCUUCCACUUCUAUUUGCUGCAGAAGUUAUUGCACCUUCCUGUGAAACAUCUUGUACUAGUCACCUUCAAAGAUAAGACAUUAAACUACAUGGACAUCAAAUCCAGAUAAAUAUGGCAAGUCUGAUGUUGAUUCAGAACAUUAAGGAUUUCAGCCAUGAAUUAUACCAGUAUCUUAGGCAAGGUUUUGUUUUGAUAUCUUAUAUAGGGGAAACUGUGUAGUUGGGAGAGUUGUUGGACAAAAGGUGUUAGGGUGUAUUGCAUCACUCUGGGUAGAGGAAGAGGUAAUUGCUGGGGCACUGCUGCCCUCUGCUGGAACCUUUUUUCUCCCUGUGCGCAUCAUUAUUCUCUGCAUAAAAACAGAUCGAGUAAUAGUUUGUGUAGCUAUCACUCUUUUCUCAACCCUUCUAAAAUCAGUGUUAGUGAGAAUUGUAAGCUGUGUAGCAAAAGGCCAAAAUUUAUGGAUUUCUUUUCUGUGAAUAGGAAGCAGGUGCUAUCUUAUAUACAUAAUAGAUCGAAUGGUUCAUUUUGGCCUUCGCAACUAUGAAUUGGAUCACUAUACCACCUCAGUCACACAUUACCUUGGAACUUACUUUGGUAUUGAUUCAUGGUACUUGUAAAUUUGGUUUUGUGUGUUUUCCCCUCUCUAUCUGCUCAUUGAUAGUAAAUCAGUAGGUGUUCCUGGGUCUUUGCUGUGCUUGAGAUUUUUUUUUUUUUGUGCUGUCAACUAAAUAAACCUGUAGAAAUUGAA